AUGUUCUGCUGGCGUGCUUCGGUCGUGUCGGCGCUGCUUCUCGCACUUCUCGAGCCUGUCAGCGCAUCACAAGAGCCUCUGCUCGACAAUGGCGCGUCAAUCGCGAAGAGACGGCAAUUGCACGGCCGCUUCUUGCAGAUCUACUCAUCCGUCGACGAGACCGGCGCAUGUCAUAGAGGCCACGGCCCAGCCGGCUACUAUGGUGCCGAGACUUCCGACUGCGACUCGCCCAUCUCGCUCAUCAAUGCCACCUUCGACUGGAUCCGCGACGAGCUCAAGGACUCGAUCGACUUUGUCAUCUGGACCGGCGAUUCGGCGCGCCAUGACAAUGACGAGAAGAUACCGAGAAACGUACAACAAGUCACUCAGCUCAAUCAACUGCUUGUGAACAAGUUCUACGAAGUCUUUGGAAAGAACGAAGACGAGCCCGACGAGGACCCGACGAACGACCUCGUCAUACCCGUCAUUCCUACCUUUGGUAACAACGACAUUCUGCCACACAACAUCUUCGAAAGAGGUCCGAAUAUCUGGACACGCCGUUACCUUGACAUAUGGCGCAAUUUUAUCCCCGAGGUGCAAAAACACUCUUUCGACCAGGGCGGCUGGUUCUACGUCGAGGCCAUCCCUAACCAUCUUGCAGUUGUCUCGCUCAAUUCCCUGUAUGUCCAUUUUCGUGCCUACUCGUUUCUGCUCCGCUCUAACAUGCUACAAUACUUGCGCGACCGCAACAUGAAGGCAAUCAUCACUGGUCACGUUCCUCCUGCUCGUACCGCCAACAAGAGCAACUGGGACGAGACCUGCUGGCAGAAAUACACCCUGUGGAUGCACCAGUACAGAGAUGUCAUAGCCGCUACACUCUACGGCCACAUGAAUACCGACCACUUUAUUGUGCAGGAUUUCGAGGAAGUAGACGACAGCGUUGUUGAUGGCUAUGAAGUUAUCAACAACUACAACAAGAGGGGCAUGGUCGCAGCCGCCGAACAAAAGUUUGGCAUCCAAUCUGCCACUAGCUAUCUCAAGGAUCUGAGAAGGAGCUGGACCAAACUGCCAAAACCUCAAGCGGACGAGGACGCAGAAGCCUCCAAGAAGGGCAAGAAACACAAGGGAAAGAAGCCACACGAUCCUGACGACUAUGACACCGAAAUUGGAGGCCGUCACGCGGAGAGAUUCAGUAUCUCUCAUGUUUCGCCAAGUGUUGUGCCCAACUACUUCCCUACCAUCCGUGUCUAUGAGUACAACAUCACUGGACUGGACAGAAAGUUGCCUCUUGCCAACGAGAACAUCUUUGAUCUCUUCGCAACGGAGGCAACGGAUGAGCAGUUCAACGAACAGAACCUCGAGCAAGACGCAGCAGUCGAAGAUGAAGAGUUGGAAGCUGAGCGUAAGAAAAAGAAGAAGACGAAGAAGCCCAAGAAGCAUAGGUUCACAGUGCCCAAGCCGCCUUCGAAAUCCGCCCCUCCUGGACCCGCAUACUCGCCGCAGUCGCUGACUCUUCUGGGCUUUGUUCAAUACUACGCCAACUUGACUCGCAUCAACAACGAUCACUUCGAGGACGAUACAGAGCAACAGAAAUCGAAAGAUGGCAAGAAGCCCUCCAAUGACGAUCGUAACCCCCACCCCACAAAUUUCACUUACGAAGUAUUGUACGACACUCGUAGCGACAAGGUCUAUCAGUUAGAUGAUCUCACAACGAGAAGCUACCUCCGCCUGGCACAGCGUAUCGCCGGAGUCAGACCUAGAAAGAGCGACGUGCAGAUGUCAGAUACAGAUGUCGAAGAGAUCGAAGCAGAUGAAUCUUUCGAUGGUGAUGAAGACCAAGGCGAUAUCGACAUCACCAAGAAAAAACACAAGAAGAAAGGCGACAAGAAGAAAAAGAAGAAGUCACCCAAGGACAACAAGCCGUGGUACACAUUCGUCAGGCGAGCAUUCGUGGACACGGUAGACCCUGACGACAUUGAAGAGGAGUUUGGAAUCUGA